GGAAAUUCCUAAUGGACUUGGUUUCUGCAAUCUUGUCUCUCUUUUGGGGUAUAUUCUCCGAUUCGAUACUUUCCGAAACCGUAACAUAACCAGCAUAUAUUUUUCAAGUUCUUUUCGGUUCCAAUUUUACGAUACCGUGAUUUCUCUCUCCAGGCACAUCCCAGCUUGUUGCUUCACCUGUUUAAUGGAGAUUACUCUGCAAGCCAUAAACUGUGAUGGGGGUUUGUGAAUGGCUGUUGCAGUUGGUUUGCAUUUACAAUGAGGACGGUGAUGAUGGUGGUGGUUUAGAAGCUUGUUAAUUCAAUUUACUGAAAUGGAUUUCUCUUUGUUGCAUUAACAAGUUUUGGAUUGGAAGAUCAAGUAUAUCAUGGAUUAAACAUAAUCAAUCUCUUCGAGGGCCAGAGUGGUGAUUUGACCUGAAGUAACAACGUUUUUGGCUCUUGACAUUUUCAGCUGAAGACAUUUAGUUUGUUCAUUUGUCACAUUAAUCCUCGAGAAUUUAAUUUAUGGAAGUGCUAGUCUCCCCUCAAGGACAAAAGCAGAAUUUGCAGGCUCACAGCCGCAAAUCUUUGUCGAGUGGAUCCCAGAGGGAUCUGUGGCUUGUUGUGCAAGAAGGGUCAUUGGCAGAUGUAGAUUUGGCAUUGGCACUGCUUAAGAAGAAUGGAGGUAAUGUCAAUCUUAGAAAUGUAUUUGGUCUAACUCCUCUUCAUAUUGCUACCUGGAGGAACCACAUUCCCAUUGUUAGAAGGCUUCUUGCAGUUGGUGCAGAUCCGGAUGCUAGGGAUGGGGAAUCUGGAUGGAGUAGCCUUCACAGGGCUUUACAUUUUGGUCAUCUUGCAGUGGCAAGUAUCCUUCUUCAAUCAGGUGCCUCCAUUACGUUGGAGGAUUCUAAAGGUCGAAUGCCAGUUGAUCUCCUAUCUGGCCCUGUCUUGCAGGUGGUUUGUGAUGAACAUAAUUCAGUUACUUCAGAGGUGUAUAGUUGGGGAAGUGGCGCAAACUAUCAACUUGGAACUGGCAAUGAACACAUACAAAAAUUACCAUGCAAAGUGGACACACUUCAUGGUUCUUUUAUCAUGCUCGUUUCUGCUGCAAAGUUCCACAGCGUAGCAGUCAGCACUCGAGGAGAAGUCUAUACUUGGGGAUUUGGAAGAGGAGGCCGCCUUGGGCACCCUGAUUUUGAUAUACACAGCGGUCAAGCUGCAGUUAUCACACCCCGUCAGGUGACUUCUGGUUUAGGGUCUCGACGGGUGAGGGCAAUUGCAGCAGCUAAACAUCACACUGUCGCUGCUACAGAGGGUGGGGAAGUGUUCACCUGGGGAUCCAAUAGAGAGGGUCAGCUUGGCUACACUUCUGUGGAUACGCAGCCAACGCCUCGAAGGGUGAGUUCUCUGAAGUCAAAAAUUGUUGCUAUAGCUGCAGCAAAUAAACACACUGCUGUAGUUUCUGCGACUGGUGAAGUUUUCACAUGGGGCUGCAAUAGGGAGGGGCAGCUUGGUUAUGGCACAUCUAAUUCAGCAUCAAAUUACAUGCCUAGAGUGGUUGAAUACUUGAAAGGCAAGUUUUUCAAAGGUGUUGCAGCUGCAAAAUAUCACACAGUCGUGUUAGGAGCUGAUGGAGAGGUAUACACAUGGGGUCAUCGACUUGUCACACCUCAACGUGUAGUCAUUACUAGAAACUUGAAGAAAUGUGGGAACACCACCUUGAAGUUUCAUCGCAUGGAUCGGCUUCAUGUGGUUGCUGUUGCCGUAGGGAUGGUACAUAGUGUGGCUCUUACAGAUGAUGGUGCACUAUUUUAUUGGGUCUCCUCAGAUCCUGGUCUUAGAUGUCACCAGCUCUACUCACUUUGUGGAAAAAAAAUAGUCAGCAUUUCUGCAGGAAAGUACUGGACUGCGGCAGUUACAGCCACAGGUGAUGUUUACAUGUGGGAUGGGAAGAACAGUAAUGACAAGCCCCCUAUUGUAACACGGUUACAUGGUGUAAAGAAGGGUACUUCAGUUUCAGUUGGUGAAACACAUAUGUUGAUUGUUGGAUCUCUAUAUCAUCCUGUCUAUUCUCCCAAUGUGGCUAACAAUCCUCAGAAGCUCAAGCUGAAUAUCAGGGAUGAGGCAGGAGAGUUUGACGAUUUAAUGUUUGAUGAUGUGGAUUCCAAUAAUCUGUUAACACCUAUUGAAAAAUAUGAUUCUGUACACAAGCCCAUUCCCAGCUUAAAAGGCCUCUGUGAAAAAGUUGCGGCAGAGUGUCUAGUUGAGCCACGGAAUGCUAUACAAUUGCUCGAGAUAGCAGAUUCACUUGAAGCACAUGAUCUGAAGAAGCACUGUCAGGAAAUUGCCAUUCGCAACCUUGACUAUAUUUUUACAGUUUCAUCACAUUCUAUUUCAAGUGCCUCACUAGAUAUUCUAGCUACCCUUGAAAAAUUGUUAGACCUGAGAUCAUCAGAACCAUGGAGCUAUCGUCGGCUCCCAACUCCAACAGCUACUUUUCCUGCAAUUAUUAAUAGUGAAGAGGAUGAUAGUGAGAACGAGAUUAUAAGGACUCGGGGCAAUCACACAAAGAUUACAUCAUUGAAAAACAAACAUGACAAAAGAUUAGACUCCUUUCUACAACCCAAAAAUAACCCCAAUGAAGGCAUCUGUAAACAAGUUCGAGCUUUGAGGAAAAAGUUGCAGCAGAUUGAGAUGCUUGAAGGAAAGCAGUCUAGUGGGCAUCAUCUUGAUGACCAACAAAUUGCAAAGCUCCAAACAAAGUCUGCUCUUGAGAGUUCUCUCGCUGAGCUUGGUGUUGAGAUUACAACACUUGCAAAAGCAUCAUCUUCAGUUUCCCCAGAUGGAAAAGGAAACAAAAGGGCUGAGGUGAGAAAACAGAGGAGAAAGAGUGCACAGAGGGUAUCACAGGUAGAGACCACAUCUGCUUGUUCUGGGACUGAAGUCAUUACGAAUGCUACAAAGGAUUUCUUGGAUGUUGGAAUUUCUCAGGUUUCCAAGAAUAAGGAGGAAGGUGUCAUGGACAAAGGAAUACUGUCAAACGAAGCCACUAAAGAGUCGACUUUUUGCAUUGUUCAGGACACUUCAGUCUUGCCAAAAAAUAAAAUUUCGUUACCAAUGCACUCCAAGAAAAAGAACAAGAAAGGAGGACUUUCUAUGUUCUUGAGUGGUGCUCUUGAUGACACUCAAAAAGAUGUUCCCCCUCCAACACCCAGAAGCGAAGGUCCUGCAUGGGGUGGGCCUAAAAUAGCAAAGGGAUGCACUUCUCUUCGGGAAAUACAGGAUGAGCAGAGCAAAAUCAAGGCAAGCCCAUCAAGCAGGAUAAAAGAUCGAGUGGAAGAUAUAUCUGAUGGUAAAAGUGACGGGAAAAUCCUGUUGAGUUCGUUUUUGCCUUCCAACCCAAUACCAAUGGUGGUCUCAGCUUGCACCUCACAAGCAUCUGAUGACGAAAGAAGUACGCCUCCUUGGGCUGCUUCCGGGACACCUCCCCACCUUUCUCGGCCAUCCCUUAGGGACAUUCAGAAGCAGCAAAAGGUAAAGCAACAGCAGAGUUUCUCCCACAGCCCAAAAACAAGAAUGACUGGAUUUUCAGUUGCUGCAGGUCCGGGCUCACCAUCAGAUCCCCCUGGAUUGAACCGCUGGUUCAAACCAGAGGUUGACACCCCCUCAUCCAUUAGAUCGAUUCAGACUGAGGAAAAGGCUAUGAAAGACCUAAAGCGAUUCUACAGCAGCGUGAAGAUUGUCAAAAACCAAUCUUAGGAGGCUUAUCGUCUAUUGCUGUAGCAGAAAAUUAAGGCUGUUCUUUGUUCUUUUUUUCCCCGUUCAUUGAAAGGUCUGCGGUAAAUCUGACUGUAUGGUUGAUCUGUACAUUCAACUCUCCUAUUUACAGAGUUCUCAAAUCUUUUUUCUCA